CAUGAAACGAGAAUGGAUAGAUUAUCUCAAAGCAGCUCCGAUUCACCGAGCAGAGAUCCCAAAGUGCUUUCAAUCGAAUGUCUCAAAGGAAGUUCAAAAGCCGACGAGUGGAGCGGAGACAUGCUCCAGACCGGUGAUAUCGUCGAGGAGCUCCGGAUCGGAUCCUCCACAAACUCUCAGAUCCGGUUCAAGUCGCCAAUCAAGGGAGGGAAGAAUGGCGUUCAGAAGAUUCUCAACGACGCUUACAAGAAGAAGGAGACAUCCAUUGUGGUUCGGGUUCGGCGAGGACCCGACGAGUUGGCGGAGUUGCAGGCGUGUAUUGUGCCGAACGAUUUCGCCGCCAAGAAGCAGUUGGUUCUCCGGUCGAUUUGUGACCCGAAUUAUGUGGUCGGGUUCUUGGAUCGAACCGAAGCUGAAUGCUUCGGGCUUCAAGCUUCAAGGAGCACUAGGAUGGUAAGUGAGCUAACCAGGACCAAGCUACAGGAUGGAUAUGUUUCGUAUUCAUGGGAGAGGAGGAUGCAGGAAAUGCUAUCAGUUCCGAAUUCUAGCAACUUUCUUUCCAUAUUAUUCCUUCCCAAAGCUUCAGAUCGAGUAGCUUCUCGCUACAAUGAUCUAGAGGACACCCUAGCCAGGGCAAAUGCAUGGCUUAAUGCAAGUCAAGCUUCGGGGAUUUCUAUAGUCUUCAUGAACAUCCAAACUGAGUCCCUACUAACUAAGAUAUCGGGAGAGACAGCUUCUUCCACUGUAAGUGCAGGAUCAUUAUCUGACUUAGCUAACCUGGCAAAUGCAAGCCUUUACGGCUUUGAAGAUUAUCACGGAAUAGACAUAGGUGUUGUUAGAGCAGUUCGUCUAUGGUAUGCUCCCGUUGGAGGAGAAUUUUCUAUUGAAAUUAAACUAAAAGAGGACGAUUCAAAGCUUGGUUUUGCCAUUAGUCGUACAGAAGAGGGAUUUAUCUUCAUCUCAUCGGUUAUUAAUCAAGAAAAUGUACCAGCUACUCGGUCAGGCCUUAGUAAUCUGUAUAAACUAGCAACAGAUACUUGUAGGUUGUUGGUAGUUUCAAGAGUGUCAAAUCAAAAAGUCCUUCCAUGGAUGGUUUCUUCUACCGGAGCCAUUCGGUGUUAUGACACUGUUUCAGUGAGCCAAAAACUUUCCUUGCACCGACACACCACAGUUCCCAUUCUCCUACACUUCUUUCUAUGGGACCGAGCUUUAGCUACUUCAAGUGGAGGAAGCAAUAGAAUUAAGGUUCUGCCUUCUUCUGUGUUGUCAGCACCUUCUGAAGGUCAACUAACAUAUCAUCCAAACAAAACUCAUGCACUGCCAUUGCCCCCUGAACUUUCUGAACCGAGUGAUAUUACCAUUGAACUUUCGCAGUCUAGGCUUGAGAGAGACACAGCUGGCGAAUUCUCUUUUAGAUUCCACGAUUUUUCCUUAUCUAGCAACUGGGUGUGAU